AUGGCUCGUGGCAACCAGCGUGACAAAGCUCGUGAGAAAAACCAAAAAGAAGCAGGUGCCCAGAAAAAGAAGAACACUCAAUCGGGUACCGAAUUCCAACGUACCAAAGAGCAGCAGGCAGCCAUAAUGCGCCAGAAACAAGCCGAAGCUUUUGCCAAGAAGGACGGUGCUGCUGGUGGUGACGGGAAGAAAUAG